AAUCAUUGGCGUCAGUCCAUCUCUACUCCCUUGAGAGAGAUCUUUAAAAGUCUUAACAGCUCUUCAAUUAUGAGCAUUUGAAACGUAAUACUUGCUCCGUCCAAGUGAGAACAGAGGCAACAUGCAUAACCAUAACGGAGUGGCCAAAAGUGAUCCAUUGGACAAUGAUGACCUCUUCCAAGAGAUCCCGGUACGACCUCGGUUUUCCGAUGAAACCAGCGAAUUGAGUAUUGAUGCCAAAGAACAAAUCCUUGAUGCCAUCGGCGGGUUUGGCAAAUGGCAACUCAAGAAAUGCUCCUUCAUUGUCAUCGUCAUCUGGAUGCCAGCCUCGUUUCACCUCCUCAAUAUGGUAUUCUUCAGGGCUGAAACGGAUUUUUGGUGCACCCCCCCGAGAAAAUUUCCGUUCGACGUUGGUGUGUGGAAAAAUUACAGCAAUCCGGAUCAGAUCGGGAGGCAAUGCCAUCAGUAUGAUAUUGACUACGAUAGCUUCAAAAGUCUGGAGGAGGCUUUUGAAUCGGAAGCAUAUGCAAAUGCAGUUUCGUCUCAAUCGGUCAUACCUUGUUCAAUGUGGACUUACGACCGGAGCUUUUGGAAACGAACUAUCAUUCAAGAAUGGGAUCUGGUGUGCGAAAGAGAAUGGAUGCAGAAGCUGACACAGCAAGUCACUUUCUUCGGACUUUUGGUCGGAGUCUUCACCGCUGGUGUGAUUUCAGACAAACUGGGUCGGAUGUCAGGCAUGUUGAUCAUGCUCACGAUGACCAUCAUUUGUGGAACUGGUGUGUCCUUCGCACCCACGUACCCUCUCUUUUUGGUUGGUAUUUGGGGUUGCGGCUUCUCCACCAUUGGUUAUGGCACCAUCAUGUAUUGUUGGAUGAUGGAAUUGGUCUCGGGGCGAGAGAAAACCAUCCUUGGAUGUGUGCCUCACUUGAACUUUGCUUUUUGGGGUCUGGUCACAGCUGUCAUCGCCUACUUGGUGCCCAAUUGGCAACAAAUGGAACUGAUCUUCACCCUCCCACUCAUUCUACUCUACAGUACAUAUUGGGUCCUGCCCGAGUCCCCCAGAUGGCUUCUCACUCAUGGACGAACCGAUGAGGCUGAGAAGAUCCUGCGGUCAAUUGCCGCAUAUAAUGGGACACCUUUGUCGGAGAAGUUCUACCUGAUUCCUCCACAUCAUGGACACGAUCAUGCAGGGAAAGGAGUGUUCGGCUUCUUGGCCAUGUUCCGCACGCCCAAUCUCCGGAGGAAGGCCUUGAUCACCUUCUAUUUGUGGUUUGCAACCACCACUGUGUAUUACGGCCUCACCUUGAACAGUAAUAGCAUUGGAGCCUCGCUUUUUGUCUAUUUCUCAUUUGGCAAAGCUCUCGAAUUCCCAGCUAUUUUCUGUGUCAUCCUCCUCCUAAUUCAUGGAGGUCGAAGAAACGCCCUAAUGACUCUGUUUGGUGUCUGUGGAAUCUGUCUGAUUAGCUCAACUUUCGUGCCGCGUGGUUAUUUCCAAUACGAAUGGCCCAUUGUCCUAAUGAAUGUCAUGGGAAGAGCUUGCAGCACCGGUGGCCUUUGUCUUUGUUAUGUAUUCUCAGCCGAGGUCUUUCCAACCGUCAUCAGGAACGUGGGGAUUAGCACGGCGUCAGUUUGGGGAAGAAUUGGUCCCAUCAUGGUUCCAUACAUUGCCGAGCUCGCUGAAAUCGAUCCCGUCUUGCCCAUUGGAAUUUUUGGCUUGGUGUCCCUUUUCGCCAGUUUUUUGGUAACGUUCCUGCCCGAGACGAGCCACACUCAAUUACCGGAUACCAUUCAAGAAGGCGAAGAGCAAGGCAAAGGCGAUACCUUGUAUUCAAGUUGCUCAAGGAACAAGAAGAACGUUCCAACGCUCGCUUGAAGCGUUGGUCUCAUUCGUUUCAGUACAAUGCUUGUUUGAUAAGAGUUUCUCAGGACUGAUAAAAUCCAACCUUUCUAAAUGUAUUCUGUUCGGAGCA